AUGAUUAGACUCGCAGGAAACGCUCUCAUCACUGGCGCGGGACUGGGUAUUGGUAGAGCUACAACUCUAGCAUACGCCAAAGCCGGUGCCGCUGGAAUCGCGAUUGCAGAUGUGAAUAUAGAAAGGCUCAAGGCUGUUGCAGCUGAGGCGAAGAAGAUUGCCACGAACAAGAGCUUUGAGGUGGUUCCUGUGCACACAGACGUAACCAAUGAGGAAUCCGUUCGAAACAUGGUUGAAACGACCGUCAAAUCCCUGGGACGAAUCGAUUAUGCAUGUAACAUUGCUGGAAUGGCAGUCCAGAAGAACACCCUGGCCUGCAAUGUAACAAAGGAAGAGUGGGACUUUACGAACAAUGUAAACGUCAACGGAGUACUCUUCUGCCAGCGCGAAGAACUCAAAGCAAUGAUGAAGCAAGACCUAGAAUCCUGGGAAGGCCGAGACGGGUUCCGGGGGUCGAUCGUCAACAUGUCCUCCGUGGCCGGGUUCUUUGCAGCCCACAGCGCAAUCACUUACAUAGCCGGCAAGCACGCCGUGAUCGGGAUGAGUAGAACCGCUGCUCUCGAUCAUGCACCCGAUGGCAUCAGGGUCAACUCGGUCUGCCCGGGCCCCGUGGGAACGGAAAUGCUCACCCGCAUGAGCCCCACCGCGGACUUUCCGGGCUCGACAAUGCAGAAGCGCAUUGGCACGCCGGAGGAGAUCGCGGAUGUGGUGGUGUUUUUGGGCAGUCCGAUGGCGAGCUAUGUUACGGGUGCGUCGUGGAUAGUGGAUGGUGGGUAUUGCGCGUUUUAA